AUGCACACCCAUGGUUUUGCUUCCAGGCACGUUGAGACCAACCAGGGAACACCUCGCAAACCUUCGAGCCUUGGAGAGAAACGAGUGGCUGCGACAUGUUUGUGCCUGGCCCUCGCCCCACCGGAGAACCGCCCAAAAAAAGCUCCGGCUGCGCACUGGGCUAUGUACGUCCAAAGUUCGAGCCCCCUCGCGUGCUUAGCGCCGACCGGCCAAGACGCAACCAGCGCCAAGCCAUCCGCUGGGUGCUGCCACGGUGUGGGAGAGAAACGCCCGACUGGCACCAGGCGGCGGCCAGGCAAACGGAGCACUUUUUUCAUACAAGAGGAUAACGGACCACGGCGGAUGGAGGAACACUUUUGCUUCCGUUCCAUCCAUCUUUCCGCUGGGGUAACUGACGACGCACUCAAAGACUCCGGAUGCUAG